AUGGCAGAAGGAGUUCUCUUUAAUAUUGUAGAACGGAUCAUUGUAAGGCUUGGCAACCGUGCUUUCCAAGAGAUUGGGUCGAUUUGGGGUGUCCAAGAUGAGCUCAACAAGCUCAAGGAGACAGUUGUCGGAUUCCAAGCUGUUCUUCUAGACGCUGAGCAAAAGCAAGCCAACAACAGUGAAGUCAAACUAUGGCUCGAAAGCGUAGAAGAUGCAGUUUAUGAAGCCGAUGAUGUGCUGGAUGAGUUUAAUACUGAAGUUCAGCGGAGACUAGUGAUGCAUGGCAAUACUAAGCUGUCAAAGAAGCUCAAAUCAACUUGUUUUGGGUUAAAGAUGAGUCAUAAGAUAAAAGAUAUCAACAAGAGGCUUAGUGAGAUUGAAUCCCGUAGACCCAAGGACUUAAACAAUAAUCGUGAAGAUACAAGAUUAAUAUUGAGAGAGAGGGUUACUCACUCAUUUGUCCCUAAGGAAAAUAUUAUAGGGAGAGAUGAAGAUAAAAAGGCACUUAUCCAACUUUUGUUGGAUCCCAUCUCAACUGAGAAUGUUUCAACCGUUUCCAUAGUUGGAAUUGGAGGAUUGGGGAAAAGUGCCCUUGCCCAACUCAUAUUCAAUGAUGAGGUGAUUCAAAAGCAUUUUGAGUUGAAAAUAUGGAUAUGUGUCUCUAAUAUAUUUGAGUUGGAUAUAUUGGCAAAGAAAAUCCUAAAAGCUGACAAGCUUGAUAAAAAGGAGCGUGAUAAGGUGGACCAGCUUGAUAUGGAUCAGCUGCAAAAUGAUCUUAGAAAAAAAGUAAAUGGGAAGAAAUACCUACUUGUGUUGGAUGAUGUGUGGAAUGAGGAUCCACAUAAGUGGCUUAGCUUGAUGGACUUGUUAAGGGGUGGUGGAGAAGCUUGUUCCCACCUGAUUAUGAUAUCUCUGUACCAAGAUUGA